AUGUCCGGCGACGGCCGGCACGCCCGCGUCCGGCGCGGGUGGUCCGACCUCCCAGGCGACGUCCUCGACAUGGUUUACCGCCGGUGCUGUUCCUCGCGGUACGACCACAUCCGCUUCGCCGCAGUCUGCACGUCCUGGAGCGCCGUCGCGUCGUGGCACCCGAAGCCGCCCGCCCUCCCACUCCUGCUCCCAUCCACGGGCGACGCCAAGCGCGACCGGAAGGCGCGGGCGUACAUCCUCGAGGACGGCAGAGCCUUGCGCCGCCCGCUUCCAGGGUUUCCAUGGGGCAAGCGGAUCGUCGGGUCCCACGACGGUGGCUGGGUGGCCGCCCUGGCCGGCACUCGCCUCUUCAUCAUGAAUGUCUUCUCAGGCACCCGUGUCGCGCUCUCCGCCAAGCAGAGCAUCGUCAGCGUAGAAGAGAACUACAUCACGAAGGUCAUCUUCUCAGAGGACCCUUCCUCGAGCGGCUGCAUCCUCGCCGCGAUGACCACGAGGUGCAAGGUAGCGCUCUGCUGGAUCGGCCUCGCGGGCGGCGGGUGGCUGACACGAGGAUCUACCGGAGAUGACCUCACCGACAUCGCCUUCUGCAACGGCGGCGCCGAUCUGUAUGGCCUCUCGCGCCGUGCACUAUAUAGGUUCGUGAUCGGCGCGGACGGAAAAGGGGCUCCCAUGGUCACCCUCGUGCACCGAGUACAAUUCGAAAUGGGCGUCUUCAAAGACUGCUGGGACAUGUCCCACGAGAGAUACAUCUUUGAGUUCCGCGGCAAGCUAGCCAUAGCUAUGAAGUUCGCACCGAGGAUCUGCUGCUGUAAAAAUCACUUCUUUAGGGUAUUCGAGUUUGACGGCGUCGAGAACAAACCAACAGAGGUGACGAGCUUGGGUGACCAUGCCUUGUUCUUGGGGCCGGAAUGCAGCAAGGCCGUACACAUGCCCCUCACGGGUCGACGCGGCAGGAUGGAAAGGAGCCGCAUCUACUACUCCGAGAAACAACCAUGUCCAUGCCACAAGACCAAGUGCUUAGAAAGGUUGGACUUAGGCAGCUACGCCCUGUAUUACGGGAAAAACAAGGGCAUGUUGAAUCACUCGCAGAGAAUCGGGUCUUCGGGGUACCAUUACUGUCAUGAGAACGACACCAAUGGUUGCACUUGGCUUCUGCCUCCGGACCUGUAA